AUUAAUAUUUACCUAUCCAAGUAAUACGGUUUGAGUUUUUUAAUUAUUUGUUACUUGUUUAAGCUAAUGGCUCUAUAGCCAGUGCUCAACAAAUAAAUAAUAAUGCUGUACUAUUCAUAAUGUACGAUUUACAGUUUAACACAUGAUUUAUUUUAUUUUCUUUUCUAAUUUUCUACACUUAGCUUCACUAUGGAGGAUCUAAAAGAAAACAUCUUGGACGCGAAGAACAUUGUAUACGGCAAUCCGCGCAAUCCCGAAGAGCGCGUUAAGACCUACGACGCGAAAUGGCUUCGUCUCGACAAAAUAUACCAUAAGCUCUAUCGCCCAAACUUCCACGACAUAGGUGGUACCUAUAUUUCCCAGAGCGUAGCCGAUUUUUGGUUCUUGUACCAAACGGAACAAGUCGCCAGCGUACACCUCCUACACCUCUUUGUCACCAGUCACCAGGACGCAACAUUUACUGUAGCUGUAAGCUCUAAUAGUGCCUUAACACAUGACAAGAAGAAUUUUGCUGCAUUCUUACCUGUGUCCCUCAAAGAAUUCCACUUUGACAAGGCAAAACAACACUGCCCUAACUACAUCACUACUUUCAGCUUUUCCAACUUUGAGGUUGAUUUCCUAGAACACAAAUCUCUUUACAUAGCUGUAAAGUUUCUCAAGAAAAGCAGUAAAAGCAUCCCUCAGAAUAUUAUUGACAAUAUGAAGUACAACCAUGACUUCAGCUCUCUACUGACUGACCCAAUUUAUUCUGAUUUCAUAAUAGAAUCUUCUGAAGGUGAUAAAUUCAAUGUUCACAAGGUUCUACUCAUAGCUCAUAGCGAGGUGUUCAAAGCUAUGCUCAGAGACGAUACAGCAGAAAGUCAAAACAGUUUUGUAAAGCUUGUUGACGUUUCUACAGAUGAAUUAAAGUUGGCCAUAGAGUUUAUAUACACAGGGUCUAUUAAAAAUAUUGAUAACUGCAAUGUUGGCAAUUUACUUGCUUUGGCAGAUCAGUUUAAUAUAUGUGGUCUUCGAGAAUUGUCCCAAUAUAUACUCUCAAAGCAAUUGACUUUAGAAAAUGCAGUAGAGACGCUUGUCAUAGCAGACAUGUACCAUGUGGACAGACUCAAGAUUGCCGCCUUGAAGUUCAUCAAAGGAAAUCCAAGCAUUCUUAAAUCCAACGCAUUCAAAGAGAUAAGGGAUGCAGAUUUGCUACAAGAGCUUUGUCAAUGCCUGCUUAAUGUGCCUGUUUAAUUUUCUUUUUGUAAUUAUAAAUUUAUGUUUAAGUGUCUGUGAUUACGAUUACCACGUCGCGCAAGUGUCUUCUGUUCAAUACAAGCAACCCGCAAUUGGAAGCGGAUAUCCUGUUUUCAUACAAUUGAUCAUGAUAUAGUCAGUCGCUAUGUAAAUAGUUUGCUUCUAGUUGGCGGUUGCUUGUAUCUAACACAAGACAUACGUUUGCGCGACGCCUAUACAUCAUGUAUAUAAUAGAUUAUUUUAUAAGUUAAUAAUUUUAGUCUUUUAUGUCUGUUUUUUGAGAAAUAUGUAAAUAUUAAGUAAGCUACUUAAAAUAAAAAUAAACUAC